AUGGAACAUCAAAUAUUAAGACGAAAAUUAUUAGAAGAACAUAAAACAUUCCAGUCUGCAAAAGAAGAAGAAGAAUGUCCUCGUAUACAAGCUCGCAUAGCGGUUUCGAAGUCCAAGACGUGGUAUGAUUGUGCGGCUUGUACCAGACCCUUAUCACCGUUAAAAGAGCUACUCUCAACGGCAGAAAAAGUGAAAUCUGGCCUAAACGAACGAGCGCAACUUAGAUUCGCUUACCCCAUGGCUGUUCUGAACGCGGGGGACCACUUCGAGAGUUCAUUUGAUCGCGAGACAUCACUGAAGGGGACUCCGUGGGAGGAAGCCAUCAUAUACCGAGAUACAAGGAGACUUCGUAAACGUAGCGGACAGGAAAGAUUAGAGGAGCGACAGUGUAUGGAGUUUUUGGAGCUGUUUGGCUAG